GCCAUGGACUCUCCACCAGCCAGAUCAUCAUCGCUGGAACAAUCGGGAAGUGUCUGAAUGUAGACUACAGAUGCCCAUAUUGGCCAACCUCUUCAUAGCACACAGCACAGAAUCUAGCACGCUGCAGAAGUCCUGAAGGUUGAUGGAGGGCCAUGCUAUUCAAACAGCAGGCAUGGCUGAGACAGAAGCUCCUGGUGCUGGGAAGCCUUGCUAUUGGGAGCCUCCUGUAUCUAGUCGCCAGAGUUGGGAGCUUGGAUAGGCUACAACCCAUUUGCCCCAUUGAAGGCCGAUUCGGAGCCCGCAGUCAGGCCGAAUUCCCACUUCGAGCCCUGCAGUUUAAGCGUGGCCUGCUGCAUGAGUUCCAGAAGGGCAACACAUCCAGGGAGCAGGGUCGCCUUCGUGACCUGGUCCAGCAGCUCCCCAAGGCCAUCAUCAUUGGUGUGAGGAAAGGAGGCACAAGAGCUCUGCUUGAGAUGCUGAACCUCCAUCCAGCAGUGGUCAAAGCCUCUCAAGAAAUCCACUUUUUUGACAACGAUGAGAAUUAUGCCAAGGGCACUGAGUGGUAUAGGAAAAAGAUGCCCUUUUCCUACCCUCGGCAAAUCACAAUUGAAAAGAGCCCAGCGUAUUUCAUCACGGAGGAGGUUCCAGAAAGGAUUUACAAAAUGAACUCAUCCGUCAAGCUGUUGAUCAUUGUCAGGGAGCCCACCACACGAGCUAUUUCUGAUUACACUCAGGUGCUAGAGGGAAAGGAGAGGAAGAAUAAAACUUAUUAUAAGUUUGAGAAGCUGGCAAUAGACCCUAAUACCUGCGAAGUGAACACAAAAUACAAGGCAGUAAGAACCAGUAUCUACACCAAACAUCUGGAGAGAUGGUUAAAGUACUUUCCGAUUGAACAAUUUCACAUUGUCGAUGGAGAUCGCCUCAUCACGGAACCUCUGCCAGAACUUCAGCUCGUGGAGAAGUUCUUAAAUCUUCCCCCAAGGAUAAGUCAAUACAACUUAUAUUUCAAUGCUACCAGAGGGUUUUACUGCUUGCGAUUUAAUAUUAUCUUUAAUAAGUGCCUGGCAGGCAGCAAGGGGCGCAUUCAUCCAGAGGUGGACCCCUCUGUCAUUGCCAAAUUGCGCAAAUUCUUUCACCCUUUUAAUCAAAAAUUUUACCAGAUCACUGGGAGGACAUUGAACUGGCCCUAAAAUAGUAAGUCAUACAACACUAUGUGUUGUGCCCGGAGACGAGCACUGUCUCUUCGAGAUUAAAAAAUGCACUUUUCCUAGACACAACUAUCCAGUUCAUUUUUCCAUCUAUACUUGCACAUAUGCAGUGUGUGACCAAAUAUAAGAUCAGUUCUUUUUCUAUUGCAAAUUUACAAAAUACAAUUUGCUGUCUGCAUAGUCGCAUCUUUUAAGCUAUUUACAAAAAGAAGAGGUGGUGGUUUGGGGAAAAGUGACUUCAGCUAUUCUAAAAGAGUUAGUCUACCUUUGAGUCAGAAUUUGUCACCCACCAUUUUCAUAGAUUUAAGCCAAAAGAUUUAUGUGUGAAAACAUACCAAUGGCUGUGAAGCUUCAGGAAGUAAAAGAUUCAGUAUGCAUUCUUUUCUAAGGGAAAGCUGGCUCUUCAAUUCAGAUGCUGAAUUGGUGUGAUGAAAACAGAAAAUACUAUUUUCUUAUUAUUUAAGAGAAUAUGUUAUCUCAUAAAAUUGACACUGUUCCAAAGUUCCUGUUGUGAUUUUGCACUAUCGUUUUCUCACAUGGACCAUGGUGUCCCUGGUAGCAUGUCAAUCACAUUAGAAAGUCGUCCUUUUACUUCCAUGUUCUGUGUCAACAAAGAGAAUGUCAUGUACAUAAUGUAUAUUGUUGUAAAUACUGGUUUCACACUAAGUAAUUCUAUUUUGUAAACUGAAUAUGGCUAUUUAAUUUAUUGUGAAAAUUAAAUUUAUUGUGGUAUUUAAAAAUGGAAUGGAUUAAAAUUACUCUAUGUGCAACAUUUUUUUUUUACCCAUUUUAUUUUAUAUGCUCCCAAAAUCGAAGCUGUUUAUGUGCACAUGAGAGCACUUGGAAAUAUGUGAUUCUCUGUUGGAUUUCUGUACCCUUGUGAAAAUGUAUUUAUGAAGUGGGGUUGAGUCUAUUGCAAAAAAAUCUCAACCAUCUGGAAACCUAGCAUAAUAGCCACCUCAAAGAAUGCCACCUAGAGGUGCUCUGUUACAGCUGUGUAACAGUUAAUUUAUUUGUAGUUGCUGCUGUGCUGGGAGAGAGACAAAAAUACCUUCACAUAAUCAAGGCAUAGAAGAAUCACAAUAUUAUUUGAACUUCUAAUCAGAGUCAAAUCAGUAGAGAAAUUAAAUAAAAUAAGAUUAGAAAAUUUGUGUGGCCUUGGUACUGAAAGCUGCAGAUGCUUCAAAAAUGAAUACAAACUCUCAGAACUCCCUAAGAUGAAAAAUAUAUCAUUCUGCUCAGAAAUGAUCAAAUUGCACAGUGUUGUUGUUACUAACAUACGUAUAUGGCUCUUAGUUCCAUCCAGAGAAAUUAAUCCUAAAUUGGGUGCUUACUAAUAUUAGAUACAGUCUGUACCAUGCUUAAAUAUAAUUCUGAAAACUGUAGAAAGAGGUAUCAAGAAAAAAAAGGUGAUGGAUUUUUCACAAUCAUGGCUGCUUAUCCAUAGAAGAUGGUUGAGGGAGUUUAACAUCAUAUUGAGAGUGCCUAGAGAAAUCAGCAAAUUACAAUGACUGUAAUAAGUGUUGAUUUUCCUCAUGAAUUGUUUAUCCUGUCCAGUGAUUUGAUGGUGAACUUUUCAAAUAAAUAGCCCUUUUCCCUCCAGUGUUGGUAUAUAUAUAUAUUGCUUCUCAAGGUUCAACCUGGGUAAUCACCUCUACAGUUUCAAUUAGCAGUGAUGCUGUUCUCUCACAGUGGAACAGGCAUGAUGCCAGCACACGCUGACAGGCCUGCCUUCUUGCUUACUGUGCAGUGGAUCUAGAGUGAGAGUUUCCAGUCUGAAUGUCAAUCCUUUCUCCCUGAAGCCAUGAUGAAAUCAAAAUACAGAAUCUGGCAUC